GUAAGAAUGGGAAACAAACAGACUACAUUCACUCCACAGCAACUGGAUGCCUACCAGACCUCUGUGUUCAGGCUGUUCCAGCGCUACAGAGACCUGGCCCCUCAGGUGGUUCCCCUCGACUACACCUGCCAGCCCGACGUGAAGCUGCCGUACCAGCUCAUCAGCAGCAUGCCGGAACUGAAGGAUAACCCCUUUCGCCAGCGGAUCGCAGAGGUUUUCUCCGAGGAUGGAAACGGGAAUAUGACUCUGGAUGAUUUCCUGGACAUGUUCUCUGUGCUGAGUGAGAUGGCACCCAGGGACCUAAAAGCCUACUAUGCCUUUAAGAUCUAUGACUUCAACAACGAUGACUACAUCUGCCAGAGGGACCUGGAGAAAACGCUGAACAAGCUGACGCAGAACGAGCUGUCGCUGGGUCAGGUGCGCAUGGUCUGCCAGAAGGUGAUCGACGAGGCCGACCUGGACAACGACGGCCGCCUGUCCCUGGAGGACUUCCAGCACAUGAUAGCCGGAGCACCUGACUUCCUCAGCACCUUCCAUAUAAGGAUAUGAGGAGUUGCCAGGAGACAGUGCCUGCCCAAUAGUGACCUACUGAUCCACCAUAGUGAGAGACACCACAUCACACCUGCCAGAUACCGACCCAGUGCUCCACCACGUCAUUCAUGACUGCGACUACGUGUGCUGACCACCAGGUGGCACAAACCACCCAAAACAAUACUCUAGAAGAGACUGUUCUUGACUCACUGCAUUCCAAAGCCUGUAAUGAUUAAUGUGACCCUGUCCAUAUGCUGCUCCCUACUGGGUUAAAUAAAUCACUGCACAGACA